AUGCGUAGCGUGCGCAACGAUGACACACUUCCAAAAGCAAUAUGCCACGAUUGUUUGCAACAGGUAGCUGCGAUGCACCUAUAUGCUGUAAAAGUAGAGAAAACUCAAAAAUUUCUGGACUUCCACAAAAUGAAAACCAUUGAAGAGAAAAGGGAACAAAUCACAGCUGGCAUCAAACGACCUAAUACAAUAGCACCAUCGAUAUCAUCUCAAAAUAUAUCUGAUCCUAAUAACCAACAGCACUCACCUAAUCCCAAAUCACCUCCUUCUGAACAUCAACAAGGUGACGGGAAAACAAAUAAAAAUAAAAUACCAAAGAAAAAAUCCCCGUCUGAUAUGAAAUUUUUAGAAUCGAUGCCUUUGGAAGAAUUCGCUAUUGCAGAAAAAUUAGAUAAAACCUUAUUAAACAGUUCAUCGAUGAUUAAUAAAUCUCCACGUCAAAAAGAAGAGAAAAAGGAUGCAAGUAAAAAGGAAAGCAAGCCGAUGUCUGCAGAAAUAACAGAGAGCUUAGAUCCUAUAGUUCUGAUUGAUGGUAGACCAGCACGACAAGGCGCUGCUUUAGACAACCAGAUCACACUGUUUUACAAAAUGGAAUGUUGCAUUUGCCACGAACAAGGUUUUCAUUUCAGAUCGCUGAUGAAACAUUACAAAGACCGCCAUGGUGUGCCCGGUUACGUUACAUGCUGCGACAAGAAGUUCCAUUAUUUCUAUCCGAAAAAAAUUAUCGAACAUAUGGCCUAUCAUCUUCAACCAAACAUAUUCAUGUAA